GGGUUCCGAGGCGCAAAUGAACGCAUCAUUGAUGUUGUUCACUAGUUUGGUGUGAAUGGACGUGCUCAGUAGUUGCAGUUGUUGAAUAGUUUGAUAUGAAGUUGAUAGCACUUUUGUCAGUGAUAUGUUUGCUAUAAGGACGUUGUUCAGACGUGAGAACUGCUAAAUGAAUUUCACAAGAGGUCGGCAGCUCGUCAUUAUACGCAAAACGCAAGCUAGCAGCUACCUUUAGCUGCUAAACAACAGCUGGAGCAAAGAGGGAAGGCAAGCAGGGGAGACCAUCAUCUACAAUGAAACGGUUGGGGUAAAGUUUGUAGAGCUGCCUAUUUUGUAAAUUCCCUUCGACAAGGUUGCUCUGACUAUAUAUACAAUGGCCAGUCGAAUAGAGUGCAUUUUUUUCAGUGAGUUUCAUCCUACUCUUGGUCCUAAAAUAACAUAUCAGGUCCCAGAAGAAUACAUUUCACGGGAGCUCUUUGAUACAGUUCAGGUGUAUAUUAUCACCAAGCCAGAACUACAAAACAAAUUAAUAACAGUCACUGCCAUGGAAAAGAAGUUAAUUGGGUGUCCUGUGUGCAUCGAACAUAAAAAGUACAGCCGAAAUGCCCUCUUGUUUAACCUUGGCCUUGUUUGUGAUGCCCAAACAAACACUUGUGCCCUUGAGCCAAUUGUCAAGAAGCUGUCUGGGUACCUCACUACUCUGGAGCUAGAGAGUGGCUUCAUUUCCAAUGAGGAGAGCAAGCAGAAACUUUUACCCAUCAUGUCGAUCUUGUUAGAAGAACUCAAUGCCACAGGAGCCUGCACCUUACCCAUAGAUGAGUCUAACACAAUCCACCUAAAGCUGAUCCAGGUGAGAAAGGACCCCCAAGUUGUCCAGGAAUACGAUGUGCCUGUCUUCACCCUGUGCAAAGACCAUUUUAUCAAAUCUCAGUGGGAUCUCACCACUCAACAGAUCCUGCCCUAUAUUGAUGGAUUUAGACAUAUUCAGAAGAUUUCAGCCGAGGCGGAUGUAGAGCUGAAUCUUGUUCGCAUUGCUGUACAGAAUCUUUUGUAUUAUGGUGUUGUGACCUUGGUGUCCAUAUUCCAGUACUCUAAUGUGUACUGCACCACCCCCAAAGUCCAGAGCCUCAUAGAUGACAAGUCCAUUCAGGAGGAGUGCCUUAACUACGUCACCAAGCAGGGUCAGAAGCGGGCCAGUCUGAGAGAUGUGUUCCAGUUGUACUGUGGUCUGAGUCCAGGAACCACAGUGCGGGACCUUUGUUCUCGCUACUCGCAGCACCUUCAAAGUGUUGAUGAGAGGAGGCUGAUUCAGUUUGGACUGAUGAAAUCUCUCAUUCGACGGCUGCAGAAAUAUCCGGUAAAGGUGAUCCGUGAUGAGAAGAGCAGGCCACCUCGACUCUAUACCGGCUGUCAUAGUUACGAUGAGAUCUGCUGCAAAACAGGCAGGGUUUAAGCUUUCUCUGAUUACUGGGAUCAGUUACCAAGAGCUGGAUGAACGUUUGGAAAAUGAUCCCAACAUCGUGGUGUGCUGGAAGUGAUUUGAUAUGAAAUGGAAAACCAAAUAAACAUCUGAUUUAAAGAUGCAGAAACACCUCAACCAAAGAUGCCUUCAGUGAGAUGAACAGUUUUCUUGGAACAGUUAAGAAAAGUAGUGUUUUAUAAUUUUGACAUUCGGGUUGUAAUCAUGAAUAUAAUUUGCUUUUCAUCAAGAACUGGGAUUCAGCAUUUGACAGUUCAAGUGUUGACGGUGUUAUUUAAUAAUAAUACUGAACAAAAGAAAAAAUGUGAUUAAUAAAACAUAUUAUACCUCA